AAGCACCAACUCCCUGCCAGCAGUCGUGUGAAUCAGUCAUCUGAGCGACCAGAUUCAUCGACUCGCCGAAUAUAUCGCUCAUAAUGGCCUCGCAGGUCUCCGUGUCCAGCCCGGCCGCCACACCGAAGAUCGACCUGUCGAAAAAGCUCUCAGAACUUCGUGCCAGCAAAGGCAAGUCUCAGACGGCUUCCUCCCGCGAACCUGCACCAGUCACCCCGCCUCUCCCCAGCGCCCCGGAUCUCUCUUCCCACCAAUAUGCGCGUCCGGUGCGUCGAAUUUUAUCGAAACAAGACCACGAGCUGUUUUUAUCCUCCUCGACCCAUACCUUAAUCCUUGCGUUCAUUUUCGGUCUCUCCGAUUCCGUGCGGGGACGGGCAACUACGGACAUCGGCAGUCCUUCCCCCAUCAUCACCAAGAUCCAGUCUGUUGUGCACCAACUCCGGUUACUUCUCGACAAGCAUCCGUCUCUUGAUCAAGGUGGUUCGCGGUUCGGUAACCCGGCCUUCCGCGACCUGUUCGACGAUGUCGCAGCACAGAGUGCAGUAUGGCAUAGGGAGAUCCUCGGGUUUCAGGAUCAGGAUCUCAUAGAGGAAGCAUCGACAUAUCUGAUCCACUCGCUCGGGUCGCGCGACCGGCUGGAUUACGGCUCCGGGCAUGAAUUAAACUUCAUGAUGUGGUUGCUGUGUCUGCGUCAGGUGCACAUGUUCACCGCCACGGACUUCCCUGCAAUCGUUUUCUACGUAUACAUGAGCUACAUGCAUCUCAUGCGCGAUAUCCAAGCAACCUAUUACCUGGAACCUGCAGGGUCACACGGAGUCUGGGGUCUCGACGAUUACCACUUCCUCCCGUUCCUUUUCGGCGCCUCGCAGCUCGUUGCGCACCCCUACAUCACUCCACUGUCUAUUCACAAUAUGGUGGUGCUGGAGGAAGAAAGUGACAAGUACAUUUAUUUGGAUCAGGUGCGAUGGGUGGAUAGCGUGAAGACAGUGAAGGGGUUGCGGUGGCACAGCCCGAUGCUGGAUGACAUAUCAGGGGCCAAGAACUGGAGCAAGAUUGAGGGCGGCAUGAAGAAGAUGUUCGCCAAGGAGGUACUGGGAAAGCUACCAAUUAUGCAACAUUUCCUGUUCGGGAGCUUGCUACCGGCAGAUCCUGGUAUGAGAGAGAUUACGGACGACACGGAAGAGGAACACGACCAUGACCAUGGCCAUGACCACGACCAUACCAGUCACACGGACUACUUCGGGGACUGCUGUGGAAUCAAGGUCCCAAGUACUAUUGCCGCAGGAGCUGAAAUGCGGAAGCGUGGAGGGGGGUCGGGGCUACGCCCGAUUCCAUUCGAUUAAUGGGCAUAAAUUUCUGGAGUUCUCGGUUGGGACAUAAUGGCUGAAUGGAUAUGAAAUGCAGGGAAUUGGUGUUCCCAUUAAAUGCAAUGAUAAUGACGAGCAGGACUUACAACCCUUACAUCCUCUACACUAACCACAAAGCGGAUGCAAUAUAUACAUACUAUCCGUCGCAACACGUCGGCCGGUUCUCCAACACCCACAUCCUGAAACGUAACCCAACAAUCAAAAAUAGAACCCAAACCACAAAAAUAGAACAAUCUUCCUCUCUAACAAUAAUC